AUGCUACCUAUCUCCGACACACAAACGAGCGUUGCUCUCAACAUUAAGAAAAAUUCAACCGUGGCAGUACUUACCAAGUGGGCAAAAACACAACUGCGGAAAUCAAAAAUAAAACCUUCCGACAAUAAUACCACUAGUACAGAUAUUGUAUUGUACGAGGACAGAAAACAACCUAAAAAGUGGGACCGCCUACUUUCCAAGACAGCAAAGUCGAACAAAAUAGAAAAUAAUGACGACACUAACAUUAAUACUAUUGCUUUACCUAAACCUAAUUUCAGCAUAUCGUUCAUUGAAGAGCUAUAUUCGUCAUGUCCCUUCAUACUGGGUCAUGAGCCCCUCCCUGAUGCCGCUUCUCCUUCACACAGUCUACCCGACUCGACCUUUGACAGGGACAAACUGGACAAGUCACCUAAUGCAACUAUCCAGCUGGGUACGCCGAGACACUUUGUAUACACGCAGACUCUCCGCAAAUACAAGGACGCAAACCGUGACGUCAGACCCCUAUACAACAUUGUCCUUUUGAGCGCUGUUCUGAAGAAACUACAAUACAGCAGCCCGCUUACCCUCAGCGAAGAACAAGAAUUACGACUGUACGAGUCGAAAAAGGCUCGCAUAAUCACGCAGGAUAAGGAUACACGCGAUCCACGCAAUAUUGACAAGUGUGGUGGUAACCGAAGCGGCAACGGCAAGAACGUCGAGGCAAGAUCGGUAGCAUUUCGUAGCUUUGCUUUUGCGCAAAAAGUCCGACCAAACAAUAGUGGUCAAUCGCAACCGGGCACGCAAGCACGUACUCCGUAUCUUCCUCCGUAUCUUCCCAAAAAAAUUGCUUCGUUAUCCCAAUAUCGUGCUUCGUAUGCAUCUCAAGCUGUAGUGAUUACGGUAGAUGACAAGUCAAAAAAGCUAACGACCCGUGAUCUACCAAUUGCACGUCGCCAUCGUCGUCUAUUUUCGUCACCAGACGUUCCAGAACGGGCGUCAUCAUUAUCGUCUCCCUUGUCAUCACCAUCACCGGCAUCAGUCAAGGACUCUUGCAACAAUCAAAAAUGGGAAAAGGGGACUCGAAUAAGACCUUGGCUGAUAAAACGGAAUGAUGUGUUGACUAAAGACGAUGAUGAUGGACACGUUGAUCUAGACGAAGUACCAUUGUAUGUGUUGAGGGAGCAGUAUAAGUAUUCUGGAUGUAAUUUUUCUGGUAGUCGAGAACUAGUAAACGAUGGAAAUAAGCCAAUGGCCUUGGCCAUGUACAUUGUACGGAAAAACUUGAAGGUUUUUCUGAUUUGCGUGUAUGACGUCUCUAAAAAUAACCAACUGUCACUACAGGCAGAUAUCGUUGAUGAUCUAAGAAUCACAAACGUUCGUGAUAAAUAUGCUGUCUUACCUCCCCCUUUCAAAUACCGAUCGAGUUAG